AUGGAUGCAAGAAGAUCAAGUCUGAGCCCUGAAGUCCCACGUUCCUUCAGUGUUUUAUACCCAGACCACCGAGAAACUAAAAAACGCCAUACAAUUACAGAUAAAAGUCUAACAGAAGCCCUUUCCCUUAACACCCCAGUUAAAAGGCGUGAAGAAGACAUGGUUUCUUUUGAGUCUCCUUUUUAUAAGAGGACCAAAAGUCCAAGCUUCAAUGAUGAAGAGUUUAAACAUGCUUUAAGGUCUCCACUCGGGUCGUCUGAAAAAAUAGAAAAUAAUAGUGACCCUGAGCUAGAUGUUCUGUAUAAACAAAGACCUCAGACGUCAAGAGAUUUAAGAUAUAUAGACAUUGACUUGGAAAAUGACAUAGAAAUUCCUGUGAUUCCGACAGAGAAAAAUCCAGAAUUUUUUAUUCAGCAUAAUAAAAAAGAAGAUAUGGUGAGGCUUGACGAGUCCACUGAUGAAAUAAAACAAGAUUCAAUGAGAACGAGAAAGAAAUACCAGGAAAUCAGGAUAAAUCAUGAGGAUUUUGUGGAAAGACAAAACCCGUUUAGGGUAGAAGAGCUGGAAGAGAAGAAAAAAGAUGAUGAUUUAGGAGAGCAUUUAGAAUUAGCAGAAAGAUUGAACCAUAGCAGGUGGCAAGUUCGUAGAAAAGUUUAUGCGGAUAUUGCAGACUGUUUUAGAGCGAAAUCAUUUUUGAUGGAAAUUGAGACCAAUUCUAAUGUAUUUGAUUAUGCAAAUUAAUGUUAUAGGCUCCAUGUCAAAUGACUGUGGAAUUUUGAUAGUGAGGGGAAGAUUUGCUCGAGUCAUUUUUAAUAGAAAAAAAAACCGUUAAAUUUCGGCUAAAUGGAUACAUAUUUAAAAAUUUUCGACCAAAAGUACUUCAGUGAAAUGCAUACUAUCAAAAAGGCACUAUCAAUGGACUUGCACCCAAUGCUAUAUUAGCAUAGAUAAUUUCUUGUUAGCAAAAAGAUUUUAAUCAAUUAAAUGAAUAAUAUUUUGAAAAUAAGCUGAAAAAUAUUGUGUCUGAUAGUAAUUUAGUAUCACAGCUUGAAGGGCUGCAGACUUUACUAUGCUAUGUAAACUGUGCCCCACAAAUAAAAAACACAGUUUUUUAUCUAGGAGAUGAGCUCAUUCCAAAAUGUGCACUUACAAAGCCAAAAAGUGGAGAAAUGGUUAACCAAAUUAUAGUAAGGAUGCUCGAAAGGGACACAGAACUGCAAUUAUUCCAUCUAAUCAUCAAAAGAUUUGUAGCAAAAAAUCAAAAAGAGGCCUGCUUUUCUAUCCAAUGUGUAGGAAAUGCACUGCCAAGCCUACCUCUUGUAGCUCAUUUAGGAAAAAGCCUUUAUAAUGCUUUAAAUAAAGCCUUAGCCCAUAAUAUUUCUGAAGUCAGGAUUUAUGCAAUGAAUCUUCUAGUCGAUUUAUUUUGCUACACCCAAGACCCAAUUGAUAUAUUUAUUCCACAUUUAAAUUUAAAGCCUCAGCAGAUAAAAGAAAUUAAAGACCAUUUACUGAAUAAAGAUAAAAUCGCGAUUAAGUGGGUAAUUUUUGAAGAUUCCAAAAAAAAUGAAGACGAGAAUCUGCUGAUUUGUGAAAGUCUUGAAGAUAACGUCAAAGAAGAUUUAAUUUCUCUUACACCUCAAGGUUUUUUUGAGACUCCAUAUACAGCUGAUAUUAAAUCGAAAAGAGAAAUAAUGGGGAAAUUCAUACAGGCAAUUGAAAAGCCUGGGAUUAUGUUUGAAAUGAAAGACUAUGGGACAGUAAUUAAUACCUUAUUGCAUCUUGUUGAGAACACUAAUGUUCUAGUAUAUAUGGAAGCUAUGAAAGCUAUAGAAAUUUUGAUUCCAAAAAUCUCAAAAUCGUUUACAUAUAAAGGAAAGCAAUAUGUUCAAUUUUUAGCUGAUAAAUUUAAGGAAAAAAAGAAGCCUGUAAUCAGCUCAAUUAAUCAGAUUUUGCAUUUAUUUAGAGUCCAUGAGGUGUUAUCGGCCAAUACAAUAUAGUUUUUUAUAUUAAGCUCAGCUAUAUCUAUAAAACCAUUUUAUUAUAAUAUUAUGCCAUAAAUAACUAAUUUGUUUAGCUUAAUUUAUAUAAUAAAAAAAUAUAAUUGAUUUAUUAGUAGAAAUUGCAAUCACUCAUAAAGUUCCAACUGUAAGAGAACUUUCUUUACUUUGGAUUUGUGAUGAAUUUAAAACUUCUAAUAAAAACGUAGAUUUAUUAAGUGGGGAAGAUUUUGCUCCAUGGUAUUCAGCAAUAAUUGAAAACAUUUCAGAAAAUAUAGGGAAAAAAGUGUUCAAUAUAUGCCAAAAAGAUGUAGCUUCUAAUGUAAGAGAUGCUGGAAUUAAGUUACUAGGAGUUUUAAGGAGUGCGCUAAUAUCAAGCCCAUUGUUUAAUAAUUUAGAUAUUUUGAUUUCAAAGCUUCCAAAGAGAAGAAUCAUUGAAAUUGAUAAAAAUACACAGCAGAUUGAUAUAGAAGAAAGUUUUUCUAAUUCUCCCUAGCGAACAAAAUUAUCUUGAUAAUUUAUUAAGGGGUUUAAUAUUUUUUUUGAAAAUUAAAAAAAAUCCCAUUCGAAAAAUUUGAAAGUAAUAAUGAUUUAAUUUAUAAAAUUUAUGAUUAGAAUUUAACUAAUUUAAAAUUAAAUAGGAUUAGAGGAGAUUUGAUUAUAAUAAUCGUCACUUAUAUUGAUAUAUAUCUUAUAACAAAUUUAAAAUUGGGCUUUGACCAAAAAUUGUUUUUCCAUAAUUUUACUCUUAUAAAGCUGGGGAAGUAAAGAAUUAUCAGUGCAUAAUCAAAAUAUAAUAUACCUAUUUAAAAUCAAUAUAAGCAUUACUAUAGAUACUAUCUGUUACCAUUUGAAAAUAAGAUAAUUUUUACUCAAUAUAAAUAGGAAUAUCUAAAGAAAAUGAAUCUCCUUCAAAACCAGAAGAAUCAGUUGACGAAGUUGAAAACAGCAUAAGUGAAGAAAUCAGAAAAUUAAUUGACUGCUCAGAUAACAGCUCGAAAGAAAAACUGAUAGCUUUAGGCAUAAAAAUAGACACACUUAGUAUAGAUUCUCCAGAAAUUCUUCAUGAGCCACUUAAUUUUCCUUCAAUUUCUCUUACCCCCUCCGUGAUCAACAAAACCAUUGGAAAAAAUCCCUAUUUUUGGGUAAAGUCGCCCUCUAUGAGUGAAUAAAAAUUUUUUAAUAUAAAAAAUUUAUUAUGAAAAAUAAAUUAACAUAAUGAAAUCUCUAGCUAAUUCUGUUUAAUUUUAAAAAACAUCAAUUUUACCAAUUAAAUUACUAUUUGCUUUUCAAUUUUUGCAAAAUGGAUUAGAAAAAAAAAUUACUAUAAAUUUUACUGUAAAAUUUAUAUAUAAGUUUUAAAAAACAACAAAAUUUUUGCUCGUUCAGAGGGGGAGUUAAGUUUAUUGAUGCUAUUAAUAUGAUUAAAGGAAAAAAUCCGAAGCUUACUCAAGAGUCUAAAGCAGUUGUUAAUUUAGAUUAAAAUGCGUGGCGAGACAGCCUUCCCUCUUAACAUCUGCAGCCGUAAGUUCAUUGGAAAAGUCGGGGAUCUUGCGAAAGGGAGGACAGCGCUAGGAAAUGUGCAUCCUGCCAGUUUUACUUGUCUUGGUGGAGUGCAAUAUCUGGCUAAGCCGAACGCAUACUCACACCCAAGUCAGGUUUUCCCGUGAGAAAUGGUUUGCUGGGAUGGAAAGCAGACGCCCAGCAAUGCCAGAGGAUGUCACAUGGCCAAUCGGACAAAUUCUCUAGUGCGAUACCAGGCGUUGCAUCCUGGGUUUGGGUUCCAUUUGGUCGGCAAUCCGACCAGUAAAUUCCUUCUUCGAAUUUUCUUGAAGGUAAGCCUAUUGACGUACGGCAUUAUGACUCGGCAUUUCUGAGUCUCAGGUAGCGAGUGAAGCCCUCUUCCGUAAGGAACAACACAUUGUAAGGUCGUAUCUGGACUGGCAAGCAAACGGUGAAGCGCCAUGCGGAGACGAGUACGGCCUGUGGGGUACUUCUCGACAAGUAAUUUAAUUUUAAGUUAAUUUAAGAUUUAUCACUAACUGAAUUUCACAAAGAUUAGGAAAUAAUUUAUUUUUGAACCAGCCUGAACAGUUAAAUACUUUACUUAUUGCAGUGCAGGAUAUAGAUGAAAAAAACACUCAAUUUUCUGAAAUUUUUGUAAAAGAACUGAGGCUGGCCAAGCUGCAACUAAUGACUGUUUUAAAUAAAAUGAUAAAUCCAAGCAGAGAGCUGUCACCUUUAGAGAAGAUGUCUAUAGACAAAAUCUCUGCACAAAGUAAAGAGCAGUCACCUUUAUUAAAGCCAUUGAAAUCCAGCAGCAUUUCUCCACAAAAAUCAAGAAGUGCUUCUCCAAUUGAUAAGCUUAAUUAUACUAUUUAUAAUGGAAUUUAGUCAGAAAAGCAAAUUUAAACAAUAUUUUUUUAAAAAAAAUGCAAAAGUCAUAGUAAUCAAUAGGGAAUAUCAAAAACUUGAGCUAGAUUUAGCGGAAAUUUCUAUAACUAAUAAUCAAUUUUCUGAUGAUCCACAACACUCAGUCACCUUUAAAAAAGAAAUGGAAAACCUCUCAAAAAUGAUAAAAGAAGGUGACUCUCAUUUUAAGCUAGAAGGCCUCACAAGGCUAAUCCAUGUCGUCGAAGAUUGGCUUGCUGCUUGUGAAGAGCUUAAAACCAAGCCAGGAAACCCUGGAUCCUGAAGAAGAGGUAUGGGGAGGGUAAGCCAAGAUGGCUCCUUUAUGAAACCUUUAUUUGACUCUUUUGACGAGCUUAAAAGCUUAGUUAUUGACAUUUCCCAAUGCUGCAAAUAUAAACAAUACGUCCAAGACCCUUCAAAUUUUGAAGAAAUUCAGCGUUUAACCUUGGAAGCACUUACAAGCUUAAGGAUAGUGAUCACUGAUAAAGAAGCUGAAGCAUUAUUCAAAGUUUUACUAUUUGAAAUCCCUAUAAAGCACACCACUUCAAGCUUCGUCAAAAAUUUCAAUGAAAAAGCCUAUCAGCUAUUCUCUGACUGGCUUGCACAUAUGCCGAUAGGUGGGAUUAUUAAUAACCUUGGGCAAUUUUUUACAGAAAAUGGGGAUUAUAAUAUAAAUUUGAUUUUUAUUCAUGCAAUACAGUGGAUUUUGACAGUCGAGCUCCCAUCAGCUACUUUUGAAAUUGAUAUUAUUUCGCCUAUUCUUGUAGCUCUAAUAAAAGGUAUGGCUGGCUGCCCUUUAAUUUCGUCACAUCCUUUAUCAGAGUCCAGCUCACAACUUAUGAUUUCAACCUCAGAAGCUUUAUUUUUAUUUUUAGUCCAAAAAUUCGGUGAAGAAAAAGUUACACGUUUUAUAGAAAAUCAGCUGAUAAAUCAUGGAAAACUUCUCAAAAUUUUAUCCAAAAAUAAUAAAUUCGCUAUUAAUAUCAGUCUGUUUUUAUUUUAAAUUAUAAUUUUAUAUAUUAUUAAUAAUUCAUAUAUAUAAGUAUAUACAAAAUGGAUUGAUAAUUUGCACAAAUUUGAAGAGCCCAAGAACCCUGCAAUUUUACAAACAGUUUUAUCGUCUCCUCAGAUGUCAAAAAUCAAUGAUGUGAGCUUUGAAUGCUCAAUUAAAAAAGAAGAACAAAGUGGUGUGCUGACAGCUAAAGAGCUUGAAUAUGAAAGCAGAAGGCUUGAGUCCAGCAAAAAAAAGCUGAAUUUUGAUUUAGUCCCUGAAUCCCCUGGAACUUUGUGGAAAAAGAAAGGCUUUCAAGAAAAUGAGCAGUUUGCGGAGGCUCAAAAAAUGCUGGAAGAAGUAAAUAAGGAAUAUUUAACACAGGUAGCUUUAAAUGAUAUACUUAUGAAGCAGCUUGAAGAACAAAAAGAGCUGAAUAAAAAAUUGGCAUCAAAAGUAAUGGAGCCAGUAAGACCUGAGAUAAGGGCUAGCAAAGCUAUUAAUCCUAUAAAAGUAGAACAAGAACUAAGGCAGCCUUUGCAACAAGUGACAAUCCCAGUUCCAUAUGAUUUAAAAAAUACUAAAAAUGAUCAGACUAAUACACAAAAAGAGCGAAGCUCUAGCCCUCCAAAAAUUCCAGAAACUGCUCAAAAACCUUUUAAGCCUGCAGUCGAAAUUUUUAAGCCUCCAGAAACUUUCAGUCUCCUUCCUCUCCAUAACAAAAUUGAAGGGAUUUUUAAUUUUCAGCAUCUUUUACUAUAUUGCAAUGACCCAAAUGCAGAACUUUUAUCGCCAUUACUUGAUACAUAUACCCAGCUUAAAACAAGUGCAGAUAAGCAAUCCCUUUUAAAGAGUCUGCAUACAGCUCUUAAUCAAGAAGACAUUUUGGCUGCUAUGAAUCUUUUUGUCUAUAAAGCAGUCCUUGAAGCUGUAUUGCGAUUUUGUUCACUGGAAAAAUUUUUGAGUGAAAAAAGUGCCCCACAAUCACUUUUAAUAGAGUCUCUUGCAAAUUCUCAAGACUUAGAACUGACUAAUGAGCUGCAGAAAAUAGCUGCGGUGCUGCUUGAAGGGAGAGAACCGACACAAGUGAUUUUGAUACUUUUUCAAGUAUUGCAGGAAACAAUUCCAAGGGAGUUUAGAGAAGUUCUGCCUCAUGAUAGAGGGAUUUAUAUAAGGCUGCUGCUGAAAUGUAUGACGAAAUUGCUGACGGCGGUGCAAGCAAAUAAUCAGAAUAUAAGGGUUUUUGAUAUUUUAGUAGAGCUUAAUAGGCUAUUUGAAGCUCAUCCUCCAGAAGAAUUGACUACAGAAUGCCCUUCGGUUUAUGAAUAUGAGCAUAUGUUUAAGGUGCUUAGAAAUAUUUCUGAUAUUAUUCUAUCAAUUCAGCCAGAAAAAGUGCAAGCAUUUUUGAAGCUUAUAACAAGACAGAAAGAAAGACCGAAAAAUAUUUUUGUCAAAUACAUGAGUGCUGCUUUAGCCAAGAGGCAUCAAAUGUCUGUGUAA